AUGGCCUCAACACCAGAUACACCAGUUCCAGAAAUCACGCUCCUAGAGCGCAUUGGACCAAAAGGCUGGAUCCGCUAUAUCCUCCCCUUCCAAUUAAGUCCAGAGUACGAUAUCAACGAAGUAGCCCAUGUCAUCAGGGAGGGCUACAAAUACAUGACCCAGCAAAUAUCUCUUGCAAAAUGUGAAAUCGUUCCAGACAAGGACGUGAAACAAGGUGGCGUGGAUAAGCUUCAACUUCGGACGGAUGAUGACUUUGAGGAUGUCUUCAUCAAAGACCUCCGGGAUCUCAGUCAGUUCCCCUGGACGUAUACCGAGCUGAAGGAGAAAUCAUUUCCCACGACAGCGUUCGAUGAAAGGGUUUACCGACAUGGCGUCUGGCCUGACCCUGGAGGAAAUAUUCCUGUCUCGUUUGCCCAAGCGAAUUUCAUUCGUGGAGGUGUUUUGCUGAACUGGUGUGCUUUCCACAUGGUUAUUGAUGGGACGUCGGCACAUACCUGGAUGAAGAUCUGGGCAGAGGGUUGUCGUCGCGCCCAAGAUCCUCAACUCAACUCAAUCUCAGAUUCAAUGCACAUUGAGUCUCACAAUGAGAUUCGGCUGUGGGCUGAUCGUGAAGCUGUAAUGAAGGCUUCAGGUCAGAAUAUGGGGAAAACAGAAGAUCAUCCUGAGUACAUCGUCUUCGAUACCGUUCCAACAGGAGGCCCACCACCAAAACUCCUAGCAACGAACUAUAGGACCACCAUCUUUUACUUCUCGCCCGAGUCAAUGCAAAGACUCAAGGCCGAAUCAGCAUCACAAAAUGCGACCCAAGUCUCUGGUAUCGAUCAGAAAUGGGUUUCCACGAACGAUGCCCUUUCCGCACUGAUCUGGCGCUCCUUAAUGGCUGUUCAGAAUCCAUUGGAAUCUCUAGAAGGAGACCCGAUAUCCGAGUUUGCGCUUGCGAUUGAUGCGCGAACUAGAAUGAAGCCUGCAUUGCAUGAAGAUACGAUAGGUUCUUUUACAACCUGGAUAUUAGCCACUGCACCAAUCAGGAAGAUUCUUGGUGAUUUCAAUUUAGCCGAUCUGGCUUUGAUAAUUCGGAAGACGGUUUUGACAGCGGAUGACCGGUUUAUCGAUAACUUGAUGACCCUUGUUGAGAAUCUUGAUGAUAUCGGGCAACUUAUUCUUUCGCCUUUUGUGGAUUGCCCGGGUCUUCAUGUUUGUCAGACAACUUGGGCUCAUUCUCAGUUUGCCUCGUUGGAUUGGGGGAGUAAACUGGGACAUAGACUUGAUGCUUUGCGUGUACCUGUUAAUGGGUUGGUCAAUGGGAUGCAGCUUGUUCUGCCGAUGCUUCCUGAUGGAGGGAUGGAGGUUUUGAUUGGAGUUGAGGAACAUAACCUUGAUAGACUUCUCAAUGAGCCUGGCUUAAGGGAAUUUGCUGUUCCGAGGACCCUUUGA